GUUUAUUGCAAACAUUCCAAAUCUAACCAACCACCCAACUCUCGAAAAUGUUCAAAUUCGCUCCCUUCUUGGCUUUGUUGGCUGUCGCCCAAGCUGCCCCCGGUUUUGUGGCUCAAACCCAUUCUAUUGUCCAGCCUGCUGUGUACUCAGCCCCAGUGGUUAAAACUUUGGCCUCACCCGUAGUCCACACCUAUGCCGCUGCUCCAGUGUUGAAGACUUAUGCUGCAGCUCCUGUGGUUCAUACCUAUGCUGCUGCUGCUCCUGUUGUUAAAACAAUUGCUUCACCCGUGGUCCACACUUAUGCCGCUGCACCAGUAGUUAAGACCUAUGCUGCACCAGUUGUUAAAACCUAUGCUGCUCCAGUUCUUCACACCUAUGCUGCUGCUGCCCCUGUUGUACACUUCGGUUAAGAAUUUUUUUUUUUUACUAUAAAAG